GACCACAGGCAGCCUGUUCCCCUCAGAGUUAACUUUUUAAUCCCGGUUUUGUCGCGUUAUCACACACAAGAGGAGGAGGCGGAGGAGGUCGGUGAGAGAAAAGAGGCAAAGAACUCAGUCAUGGUAUGAGGUUAGCGCGAGAGCCGGGAGCGUCUGACUUGCAACAGAAGCCCGUUGAUAUUUAACUGUGAGAAGAAGAAGAAGGAGAAGAAGAAGAGGAGGAGGAAGGAGAGAGGGGGGAAAAGGGAAAGGGAAGCCCGGAGACGCGAGAGAAAAGCGGGGUACAAGAUGCAGCUGGCCGCGGUGCUGUGGGGCUCCCUGGUAACUUUGCUGCUCAGCCGGAGUCCAGGAGUUCAGGGCAGCGCUGAGUGCUCGUGCGGGAGGAACCACUUCACAUGUGCGGUCAGUGCAUUCGGGGAGUGUACCUGCAUCCCGGCCCAGUGGCAGUGUGACGGAGACAACGACUGUGGGGACCACAGCGACGAGGACGGAUGCAUGCUCCCCACCUGCUCGCCGCUGGACUUCCACUGCGAUAAUGGCAAAUGUAUCCGCCGCUCCUGGGUGUGUGACGGAGACAACGACUGCGAGGAUGACUCCGACGAACAGGACUGCCCUCCCAGAGAGUGCGAAGAGGACGAGUUUCACUGCCAGAAUGGCUACUGUAUUCGCAGCCUCUGGCACUGCGAUGGCGACAACGACUGUGGGGACAACAGUGACGAACAGUGUGACAUGCGGAAAUGCUCGGACAAAGAGUUCCGCUGCACAGAUGGCAGCUGUAUCGCUGAACACUGGUACUGUGAUGGAGACACGGACUGUAAGGACGGAUCAGAUGAGGAAAACUGCCCCUCAGAUGUGAUGGCAGCCACCUGCAGUGUGGAGGAGUUCCAGUGUGCAUACGGCCGCUGUAUCCUGGACAUUUACCACUGUGACGGAGACGACGACUGCGGAGACUGGUCAGAUGAGUCGGACUGCUCUUCCCACCAGCCAUGCAGAUCAGUUGAGUUCAUGUGCAGUAGUGGGAUGUGCAUCAACGCCGGCUGGAGGUGUGACGGCGAAUUCGACUGUGACGACCAGUCGGAUGAGAAGAACUGCACCACGUCCAUGUGCACAGCCGAUCAGUUCCGCUGCGGCACUGGACGCUGCGUCCGGUUGUCAUGGAGAUGCGAUGGCGAGCCUGACUGCUCCGACCGCAGUGAUGAAGAGGGCUGUGAGAAAACUGAGAGUCCCCCGUGUGCUCCUGAUCAGUUCCAGUGUGGGAACGGACGCUGUAUCGGUCAGAGGAAGGUGUGCAAUGAGGUCAACGACUGUGGAGACGGGACUGACGAACACCCACAUCAUGACUGCCGUCCGCGCUCCAGCGAGGGCAACUGUAACCAGAAUAACGGAGGCUGCUCCCAGAAGUGUCAGAUGGUGAGAGGACUGGUCCAGUGCACCUGUCACACUGGAUACCGACUGAUGGACGACGGCAAAGCCUGCCAGGAUGUGGACGAGUGUGCCGAAGAAGGCUACUGCAGCCAGGGCUGUACCAACACGGAGGGGGGGUUCCAGUGCUGGUGUGUCCAGGGCUACGAGCUCCGACCUGACAAGCGCAGCUGCAAAGCUCUGGGUCCAGAGCCGGUGCUGCUGUUCGCCAACCGCAUCGACAUCCGUCAGGUUUUGCCGCACCGCUCCGAGUACACCCUGCUGCUCAACAACCUGGAGAAUGCCAUCGCCCUGGACUUCCACCACAGUCGCGAGCUGGUCUUCUGGUCCGACGUGACGCUGGACCGCAUCAUGAAGGCCAACCUCAACGGCUCCAACGUGGAGGAGGUCGUCUCCACUGGUCUGGAGAGCCCAGGUGGACUGGCCAUAGACUGGAUCCAUGACAAGUUGUACUGGACAGACUCAGGAACGUCCCGUAUCGAGGUGGCAAACCUGGACGGGACACACCGCAAGGUGCUGCUGUGGCAGAACAUGGAGAAGCCCCGAGCCAUUGCUCUGCACCCCAUCGAGGGUAAGAUCUACUGGACGGACUGGGGCAACACACCUCGCAUCGAGUACGCCAACAUGGAUGGCUCCAACCGGCGGGUCAUCGCAGACACACACCUGUUCUGGCCCAACGGCCUCACCAUUGACUACGCUGGCCGCCGCAUGUACUGGGUGGACGCCAAGCACCAUGUCAUCGAGAGGGCAGACUUGGAUGGACGCAAUCGCAAGGCCGUCAUCAGCCAAGGCCUACCUCACCCGUUUGCCAUCACAGUGUUUGAGGACAGCCUAUACUGGACUGACUGGCACACCAAGAGCAUCAACAGCGCCAAUAAAUUCACCGGCAAGAACCAGGAGAUCAUUCGCAACAAGCUGCACUUCCCCAUGGACAUCCACACCCUGCACCCCCAGAGGCAGCCCGCAGGAGGCAGAAACCGCUGUGGCACCAACAACGGAGGCUGCAGCCACCUGUGUCUCCCCAGCAACAAGACGCAUACCUGCGCCUGUCCCACCGGCUUCAAGAAGGUGGACCACAACAACUGUGCCAACGGUCUUGACAAGUUCCUGCUUUUUGCCCGAAGGACGGACAUCCGACGAAUCAGCUUCGACACAGAGGACAUGUCCGAUGACGUCAUCCCUCUGGCUGACGUGCGCAACGCUGUGGCACUGGACUGGGACGACAAAGACGGCUACAUCUACUGGACGGACGUCACCACCGACUCCAUUAACAGAGCACUGUGGAAUGGCACCAAGCAGGAGGUGGUGGUGGACACCAGUCUGGAGAGCCCAGCAGGUUUGGCGAUUGACUGGGUGACCAACAAGCUCUACUGGACCGAUGCUGGUACAGAUCGUAUCGAGGUGUCUAAUGCUGAUGGCAGCAUGCGGACUGUCCUGAUCUGGGAGAACCUGGACCGACCCAGAGACAUAGUCGUUGAUCCGAUUGGAGGUUUUAUGUACUGGACAGACUGGGGUGCCAACCCAAAGAUCGAGCGUGCAGGAAUGGACGCUUCCAGCCGCAUCGUCAUCAUUUCAUCUAAUCUGACGUGGCCCAACGGGCUCGCCAUUGACUAUGCGACCCAACGCCUGUACUGGGCCGACGCUGGCAUGAAGACUAUUGAAUUUGGCAACUUUGAUGGUUCUGAUCGACAGGUUUUGAUUGGCAGCCAGCUGCCUCAUCCCUUUGGCCUGACUGUACAUGAGGACAAGCUGUACUGGACAGACUGGCAGUCCAAGAGCAUCCAGAGCGCUGACAAGCUCACCGGCUUAGGACGGCACACACUGGCAGAAAACCUAGAGAACCUCAUGGACAUUCACAUGUUUCACCGGCACCGAGAGACAGUGCGAAACCCGUGUGCAGUGAAUAAUGGAGGCUGCAGCCACCUCUGUCUCCUGGCUCCUGCUCCCAAAGCCUCCAGCUGUGCCUGUCCCACUGGGAUCAACCUGCAGACAGAUGGGAAGACCUGCACGCCUGGGAUGAGCAGCUUCCUGAUCUUUGCACGGAGAACGGACAUCAGGAUGGUGUCUCUGGAUAUCCCCUACUUUGCUGACGUGGUUCUGGCUGUCAACAGCUCCAUGAAAAACACCAUCGCCAUCGGGGUCGACCCCAAAGAAGGAAAAGUCUAUUGGUCUGACAGUACGCUGAAGAAAAUCAGCCGGUCCAGCAUCAGCGGAAAAGAACAAGAAGACAUCAUAUCUACAGGGUUGGUGACGACUGAUGGCCUGGCGGUGGAUGCUGUUGGCAGGAAGAUCUACUGGACGGACACAGGAACCAACCGCAUUGAGGUUGCCAACCUCGACGGCUCCAUGAGGAAAGUUCUCGUCUGGCAAAGCCUGGACAGCCCUCGAGCCAUCGCCCUCUACCAUGAGAUGGGUUAUAUGUACUGGACAGACUGGGGUGAGCAUGCAAAGCUGGAGCGCUCUGCGAUGGAUGGAUCAGACCGCCUGGUCCUCAUCAGCAACAACCUGGGCUGGCCCAACGGCCUGGCUAUCGACAUGGCUGGCUCACAGUUACUGUGGGCUGACGCUCACACUGAGCGCAUCGAGGCAGCCGACCUGAAUGGGCAGAAUCGCCGCACCCUCGUGACUCCAGUCCAGCACCCGUACGGUUUAACCCUGCUGGGCUCCCACAUCUACUGGACCGACUGGCAGAGCCGCAGCAUCCAGAGAGCUGACAAGAACACGGGGACCAACACCAUCACGGUGCGAGCCAACCUGCCGGGCCUGAUGGACAUCCAGGCUGUGGACAGGGAGAGGCCUCUGGGUUUCAAUAAGUGUGGCAGGAGGAACGGCGGCUGCACCCACCUGUGCCUGCCCCGUCCCAACGGCACGUCCUGCGCCUGUCCCACUGGCAUCCUGCUCAAGGGAGACGGCAGGUCAUGUGACGACUCCCCGGAGUCGUUCCUGCUGUUCUCCAACCGCGUCAGCGUGCGCAGAAUCUCCCUCGACACCAAUGACCACACAGAUGUGCAUGUACCGGUGCCCGAGCUACACAACGUCAUCUCACUGGAUUACGACAGCGUGGACGGAAAGCUUUACUACACCGAUGUCACCCUGGAUGUUAUACGGCGUGCGAACUUGGAUGGCAGCGGCAUGGAGACGGUGAUCAGCCAGGGCCUGAAGACCACAGACGGGCUGGCUGUAGACUGGGUGGCCAGGAACAUGUACUGGACCGACACCGGGCGCAACACCAUCGAGGUGGCCCGCCUGGAUGGAACGAGCCGCAAAGUCCUGGUCAACAACAGUCUGGAUGAACCCCGAGCGAUUGCAGUGUUCCCAAGCAAAGGUUUCCUGUUCUGGACUGACUGGGGUCACAUUGCAAAGAUUGAGAGAUCUCACCUGGACGGCUCGGACCGAAAGGUUCUUAUCAACACCGAUCUGGGCUGGCCCAACGGGCUCACACUGGACUACGACACACGAAGGAUCUUCUGGGUGGACGCCCACCUGGACAGGAUCGAAAGUUCGGACCUGAAUGGGAAACUGCGCCAGGUCCUCGUCAGUCCCGUGUCCCACCCGUUCGCCCUCACACAGUUGAAGCCGGUGUCCUCCCCUCUAACUCCUUUCUCCCGACUCUCGCAGCAAGACCGCUGGAUCUACUGGACGGACUGGCAGACAAAGUCCAUCCAGCGGGUGGAUAAACACACCGGCCGCAACAAGGAAACGGUGCUGGCCAACGUGGAGGGCCUCAUGGACAUCAUAGUGGUGUCACCUCACAGGCAGACAGGUACCAACCUCUGUGGGGUGAAUAAUGGCGGCUGCACUCACCUCUGCUUCGCCAAGACCAACAGUUUUGUGUGCGCCUGUCCUGAUGAGCCAGACGGGCGACCCUGCUCCACCAUUUCAGGUUACAUCCCCACCUCUCCUGCCAGAGGAACCAGCAGCACUCCGGUCCCUAACAAGAUCCCCAAAGCUCCAACAGACACCCCACACGCAGGACCCUCACCUGUCAACUGCACUGACAAGACCCUAAACAUAGAAGGCUGCUUGAACAACGUGGUGACGGCUCCUCACGGAGAAGGACUUCAUAUCAGCUAUGUGAUCGGUGGAGUUCUGACCAUCCUGGCUAUUCUGAUCCUCAUCGCUGCUUUGAUAAUUUACAGACAUAAAAAGUCAAAGUUUGCCGACCCUGGAGUGAGCAACCUGACCUACAGCAAUCCCUCAUACCGGACAUCCACACAAGAGGUCAAGAUCGAGGCGUCGCAAAAGCCUCCAAUAUACAACCAGCUUCGAUAUAAGAAAGAGGGGGGCGUGGACGGAGGCUACACCAAGGAGAAGAUCCGCAUUGUGGAGGGCGUGUGUCUCCUGUCCAAUGAGGAGCUUUACUGGGACGACCUAAAACAGAUCAAGCCGUCCCGAGGCGGCCUGCACACCUGCAUGCGCACAGACACCGUGUCCCUGCAGGCCAGCAGCGCUUCGCUAGAUGACGGCGAGACGGAGCAGCUCCUCCAGGAGGAAGCGUCCGAAUGCUCCUCCAUAACCACUCUGACCCCCUCAGCCAUCACCCCACAGCGCCACGCCCAGCACAGCCUGCCCGACACCGGCUGGGCCUCCACGCGCAAGCCCUCCACCGAGAGCGAAGUGUGAAGAAGGCCCCCCCCCUCGCCCUCUGUGCUUUAUCCCAACCUCCAUUACCUAAUACACACACCUGUAUUUAUAGCUGGUACAAACACACAAAAAUAAAUAGGUACAAACACGUAACGGUUGCAUACGUAGAGUAACGGUACAGAUGAACCUGGUUAGACACAACUAAGCUCCUGUAAACACAACUUCCUGUCUCUGAAACUGGGGCUCCGUCCUACUUGUGCACACACACUCACACACAUACACAUGCAGUACAGUCCUCCAACAGUACCCUCAGUGCUACUGCCUUUAGGCAAACUGAUAAACUAAUGAGCAUGCUGGAAUAAGAACGCAAAGGACUCUGGGGAGGAAGUGAACAGAGAGACACAAGCGUUAUCUGGAGCCUUUUUAAAGGAUGCAGACUCUCAAUGCGACGAACGCUUCUCUGUGUACAACUUCACCUUUAUUUUUUUUGUGAACUUAUGUUUUUUCUCUGGACAAAGCUAGAACGACAUACUCCCUGGACGAUGUAACCACGAUGCUCUCUCUAAUGCCACUCAUGUCUUUAUGAACUCUAUUUAUGAACGUUUUUUGUACUUGUGGAGUGGGUUUGCUGACUUUCAGAAAAAUGGCGAGAGUGUUGCGUUUGUGCCGCAGGACCCGGGUAUUCAAGAGUUGUAUUUAUGACAGUGCCAAAGGGUGGGGCUUCACAGAGUCUCCAUGCUUCUUUCAUCAUUUACACGUCAAUAGAAAUGUAUCUUAAUUGGGGGAUGUUUGUUUUGUUUGACUUUACUGACUUGCCCUCACCGGUGGGAGACCUCAGCGAUGACUCCAUCUGUUUCUGAUUCCUUCUUUUACAAACUCCAACAGGUCAAGCAAGGGCUUACUGUAUGUAGCUGGUACUCUCAGUUGGUUGCAGAAGUCCAUUCAUUCUUUGUGAAAGUAACCUGAAAGGAGCCUUCUUCUUCCUUUUUUUUUUUAAAGUUGUCAUUCACCCAUUGCUGAUCCUCGGGCAUAGCAGAGGAAGCCACGAUGAAGUACCAGCCUAAGUGCCAAACAUUUCAUUCUUUUUCCUCCUUCAGCUGUAUAAUUAUUUUACUCAGAGGUUUUAAAAUGUUCGUGACAUUCUUCUUACUUGGGUUUGGUCACUCAGAUCACAGAAAAGCAUAUUGUCUCAGACAUGCACCACUAGGGCUGUUCGGCCAUGCAGAUAGUUGUGGUUUUAUUCACCCAGGUGCAAGACAUAUUGUAUGUCUCUGGGAGUUCUACUGCCCAGAAACACUGCUUUCCCAUUCCAGUCUCUCUUGGAGAUUUUCUUUAAUGGUCCUUCAACAAAUGGAUAAAUGAUACACAGCAGUGGUUCUCAACUUUUUUUUAAUGUCAAAAACCCCUAAAGUAAUACACAGACAUGCAACAAAGGACUGAGGUCUGGAAUCAAACUCAUGGCCACUGCAGCAAGGACAUAGCCUUUGUACAUGUGAUUUCCAUUUUCAACCGCUUAUCCGAAGCCGGGUCAUGGGGGCAGCAGGCUGAGCAAAGUACCCCAAACAUCCCUCUCCACAGCAACUCUUUCCAGCUCCUCCUGGGGGACCUUGAGGUGUUCCCAGGCUAGACGAGAUAUAUAAUCCCUCCAUUGUGUUCUGGGUCUGCCCUGGGGCUUUC